AUGUCCUUGUUCUGUUGCGACGGCGGUGGCCCAUGUGCUCAGAGCUCUCGGAUGAGGGUGGAAGCCAAUGGACCAGCGCCUAUAGUACCAGACACCUCGCAGAGCAGAGUCCAUACGCCUUUGCCCAUGCUGCAAGACUGGGACAAGCUCGGAGCGAGGGAGAAAGAGGUUGUGCAAGAGAAGCUGGAGAGCAUCGUCAAUGCUUUCGCGAGGGAGCUCACUAGGGGCAAGGUGUUCAUGAAGCUGGGGCGAAACGGCCGCCUCUUCUACCGCCUUUGUACUCUGGACAAGCAGCUCACGGCCUUCUCCAUGCACAUUAAGGGGGCUAUCGUAGAGUAUCCCUUCAGCCAUAUGCAACAUAUCAGCUUUGGCUAUGAUCUGACAGACUUCACUCACGUUCCUGUCUCAUUGCCAUCUGAUGCGCUGGCGGCGGUGAUUGUUAUGGACAACCGGAGAAUGAAUCUGGUAUUUUCCUCACCAAUGGAGCGCGACGAGUUUGUUACUUGCAUGCUCGUUCUAAAGGAGCGGCACAGACGAAACAAUUCCUAG